AGGGAUGAUGGAGGCAUCAGGUGAGAUCGGACUUGCUGGCGGAGGAGGAGGAGGAGGAGGAAUGGGAGGCAUGGGAUUCGGGGGACCAGGAGGAUUAGGAAAAGGCCUCGUAGGAUCCCUAAGUGCGCUGCCCACACCGGGAGGAGCGAUGGGCGGAGGAGGAGGACCUGCUUCAGGAGGAGCAGGACGAGGAAAUAUGGUGAGGAGGGCGAGUCUCGGCAGCCAGCCCACGCAGGACCGAUGGGUGUGUCCUAACGACCGCCAUCUGGCACUCAGGGCCAAGUUGAAAAUGGGCUGGUCCACGUCGCAGCCCGUGCCCGUGACCCGCCAGGACUCGCUCUCGGAGGCGGAGACCAAGAUCAUCCUCGAGGUCAUCCAGAGGGCGGAGAAGCUCGACCUUGUGGAGCAGGAGAGGAUAGGACGUCUUGUGGACCGAGUGGAGGCGAUGAAGCACCGAGCACAAGGAAACGGCGCCAACAACUGUAUUUUGUGUGGCGAGGGGCUGCCCUUGCUAAGAACGGCCGCCACACUCUGCACCGACUGUCGGAAGAGAGUGUGCAGCAAGUGUGGCGUGGAGAGUCCGUCACUCACCGGAGAGAAAGUGUGGCUGUGUAAGAUCUGCGCCGAAACUCGAGAAAUGUGGAAGCGAUCCGGUGCCUGGUUCUUCAGGGGAAUCCCCAAACACAUCCUGCCGCCGGCCCCCAACACUUCGGCAGGAGGAGGCAGAAGGAGUCGGGCGCCGCCACGCAGAGCUAACACCAUCGGGGUCAAAGGUGGGUCGGAGGUGGAGACGGACACGAGCUCGGAGGAGGAGACCCACCGCCGUCAGCGCCUUCAGAAAGCUUCAAGCGAGUGCGCGCCUCACGACGUGGAUGGCUUUCCUCUCCCCCUGAGUCCGAACCCGAGGUCCCGCAGCGUCUCGCCCUCGCCCUUCCGCUUCGACUCGACGGAUUCUGGAGGAGGAGGCGGAGGAGGAGGUCUCACGAGGGAGAGCUCGGACGACCGAGGAUCCGAUAAAUCUCCAAUGUCGCCAGGCGUGUCCAAGCGGGACCUCAGCAGGGCCUCCAGCAGAGAGAGCGGAGGGGGUGGCGACGUCGGGGGCCUCCUGCUGACGCCCUACUACUCCCCCUCCCCCCACAACCUGAGCCCCAGGUCGGAGCUUCGGCGUGAUCAGGCGAUCGACCGUUCCCCGUCGCCGCUGCUCAGGGUGGCGUGGCGCGACUCCGGCCGGGGAUCCAACUCCUCGGUGAGCGACUCGCCCAACCUGAGCCGCGAGAGCCGCGAAGAGAACGACGCCGAGGCCAGCGCCCCAGGGACACCCGGGGGCGCCAGCGUCAGCGCCGCCGGCCACGACGGGGCGCCCACCACCGCCCUCCCCUCCCCGGCGCCGCGCAGCCCCCACCCGUCGCCGUCGCCCAUCAACAGGAGCAGCAGCAGCAGCAGCAGCGGGAACCUUGGCCAGCACAGCCUCUCCUCCCCCACCGUCAACGGCUUCCGCUCCAGGAGGGAGUCGGAGGCCUCCAGGAGCAGCGAGGACAAGCGCCAUCCUCGCCUCGGGAGAAACCCUGGCGGCUCCAGGGACUCCAGAAGCUCCCGAGAUUCUCGCGACUCCCUCGUCUCGCGUGAUUCCUCGAUGCGGGAUGAAGUUACCAGUAGCAGCGUGGACGAGGUCUUCACGGACGAGCGACACGUCAACAGCAACAACAUCCAGGAUCAAAAGGAGAAGGAAGCCAUGACGGGCCUGGGAUUAGUGGAAUUCUCGCUGUUAUACGAUUCCCACAACCAGGCGCUGCACUGCACUGUCCACUCUGCUAGGAAUCUAAGGCCAGCUGAUAGCGGUUCACAGGCGGAUCCUUACGUUAAGCUACAUCUUCUUCCUGGCGCUAGUAAGUCGAACAAGUUACGAACGCGGACGAUUCCCAAGACGGUGAACCCAGACUUCAACGAGACACUUACCUACUACGGCAUCUCGGACCAAGACAUGGCCAGGAAGACGCUGAGACUCACCAUCUUGGACGAGGAUAGAUUCAGCUGCGACUUCCUCGGCGAAGCAAGAAUCGCGCUGAAGAAGGUCCGGCCGCACGAGACCAAGAGACUCAGAGUGAACCUGGAGAAGCGAGCCAUUCUGGCCGAGGACGAGGUCAAGGGGGAGACGGAGCGAGGGAAGGUCCUGCUCAGCCUCAAAUACGCGACGCAGAGGAACGCCCUCAUCGUCGGCAUCGUCCGCUGCGCCCACCUGCCCUCCAUGGACUCCAACGGCUUCUCGGAUCCUUACGUCAAAGUGCAGCUGAAACCGGACCCGACGCACAAGAAGUACCGGACGGCCGUCAAAUGGAAGAACCUGAACCCGGAGUUUAACGAGGAGUUCGUGUUCGAAGUGCGCCGGAACGAACUGCCCAAGAAGCUGCUGGACAUCCGGGUUUACGAUAAGGACGUCGGCCGGAGCGAUGACUUUAUCGGCGGCUUGCAACUCUCUCAAGACAGCACCGGCACCGAGUUGCGUCACUGGUAUGAUGCUCUGCAAUAUCCCGACCGUAGGCACGACCGAUGGCAUCAGUUGCAACCUCUGAACGGAAAAUAAGUUUUAUCUAUUUAUCUAUUUGCAAGAGUGUUUAUAAAUAGAACCGUUAUGCAAUCACCUAUAUAGAAAAAAAGAACAAGCUGUGGGUUGAUGCUGACUAAAGAUUUCCCGAGCGAAAAAAAAAUCUCUCCUUUUUUGAGGAGAAACGAAGUCAAUCAUAAGCGUCGAGGGGAGUUCAAGGAAUAUUUCGUAUGUAAUAGGAGAUUUUGCGUGUGGGAGAGAGAGAGAGAGAGAGAGAGAGAGAGAGAGAGAGAGAGAGAGAGAGAGAGAGAGAGAGAGAGAGAGAGAGAGCUCUCAUACCCUUGGCUUCCACUCUAAUGGCCUGUUUCGUCAAGAGAUCACCAGGUGGACAAUCAACCGAAAAAAAGAAGAAAAAACACACAACGUCGUUCGCAGACUUUCCGUAAUCAACGUUGCAGAACCUGAUGCAAUGUGGAGACUCCCCUUCCCUCCAUGCUCUACCGCCUCCCCCCCUCCUCCCUCCACUUGCCAAUCCGGUUCAAGAAACUGAAUCACAAAGAGUUUUUUUGUUUUUUUUAUCUUAUCGAAAUAAGUGUGAAAACAAAAGGAAAACAACAUGAAACAAAACAAAAACAAAAAAAAACUGUUUAUCCUAAGAAAACCAAAGAAGAAAGACAAGUGCUAAGGGAAAAGCGAUAAGUGUUUCCCUUUGUGUAUCCUCCGUGAAGAUUAACGUGCGUAAUGAACUAAAUCUCAGCAUCUGAAGGCAUUCGUCUACCCUCUUCUCGUUAGAUAAAGGUAUUCACAAGUCUUUACUCGUUUUUAUUUUUAUCUCUUGGGAAAUUUUGAGAAAGAAAAUGAAAAGUUGGAAGACGGGAAAACGUCUCAAGACAGUGUCCAGGACUCUUUAAAGGCUGAAGAAAGAGAUACGUGAACAUUAUAAACAAAGAACAAAGAAGUGGGAACCCGUGAGUGUGCAGGACCAUAGUUAUAAUCACAAAUGCUGUUUCUUCGAGGGAAAGUCCAAGAAUCUUUCGCGAAGAAGACGCAAGACUUGGCAAUAGGUCGUGGUAAUGUUGUUUUCUGUACUGUGUGUGUGUCUCCACUUGAAAGUCAGUAGCAAAACUCUUCCUCCUUGUAACCCCUAUAAAGAAUAAUAAUAAAUGAAUAAAUAAAAGAUGACAGUCGAUGGCAACACCGCCUAUUGAGUUGACAGUUAGGGUGGUUGGGUUGCUGUUCACCAAAGUUCGUGUUUUUCUCUGUACAAUACACUUUUGAAACAGCUGGAAACGGACCAAACGUAUUCUGACCUGAUAAGUAUUGAACUACGGUAUGAUGUGAAUUUUAAUAUAAUUUAUACCUAGAUUGAUUAUUUUAAGUAUACUAACUGUUGCUGCCAUGAAAAAAAUGUGUAUAAAUAUUAUAUAAAUUAAACUUUGCCUGGUCUGGCAGGCAAAUAUCCACGCCCGUUCAUCUACAUGCAUUUACAGAUGAAUAACAUAGUGCUAGCAAGUGUUAUCAAUAUUUCCCACUUUCUUUAGUGACAUAGAAAACGGGAUCCCCAGUGACCGUGUUUUGGGUCAUGCACGACCCCAGAAAAAGGGUAUGUUAUUUUGUGCCCUGUGUUUAGUUUCUAAUUCUGAUAAUGUCGAGAUUCCUUUUUAAUAGGACUAAUGAGCAGGUUUCAUUAGUUUUAAUAUGUGGUCUUAUAGAAUAGUCACUGGAUUCCAGUUGUGUUGUGUUCAUCUAACACAGAGUAGCAUAAAUGGGUAUGCUUGGGAACUUUUUUCCGCUUAUCUUUCAUUUUGUAAUUACGUAAAGAAUGGAAGUCCGAUUGUGUGUAGAGAUAUCCAUAUAUUUGAAGAGUGCAUUCUAGUAUUAACUCAUAGGAUCUGACUGUUCAUCUAUUUUCCUCGUGUUUGAUUGGCUAGUGAGCAGGAUCAGCCCCGACCUGGACUCAGUGGCCGAUCAAUCACAACCCGGGAUUCCACGCCGAUUCCUCGUCUUGUUAGUAUCCAAAAAAACGGGAAAAAAAAGAAAAAAAAUAUAUGAAUAAAACUUUUAUGUCCUUUCACAUCACUGUUCUGGCGUGGGACUCUCGACUAUAAUGUCCAAUAAGGUUUAUAUUUACAUUUAAACAUGCAGGUAUGUUAAGCCUUAGUGGCAUUUUGUUUGAGGUGAUUGGUCGCGUAAUAAUAAUAAUGAUAAUAACAACAAUAAUAAUGAUUAGCUGUGACCCCUUUGCUCUGGAUCCGUGUCUAUCAUUGUGUUGUUACCGUGUCUGCGUCAUAUGUAUGUACUUUUCUUGCCUCUCCAGUGCCUCCUAAUCCAUAAAUUAUGUGUCAGGGUUUGUGUAGAUAUUUUUGUGUGUAUGUAUAAAACAAAUAAAACUGGCUUAAAGUGGGUCAUGGUGGGAAAGGUCAAUAUUUUCUUUGUUUGUUCUGUAUUUUUUUUUUUUUUUUUAAUACAAAGUAUCUGGUGCCAUCUUCAGGUAUACCCCGCAAACAAAUGGACCAAUCAAAACCCUGCAAUUGAAUAUCCUCUGUGUGUACUCUUCGCUGAUUGGCUUUGCCCAUGGCCUUUGGCAGUUUUUUUUUUAUCAUCUUUUAACGUAAUAACAUUUUUUUCCCAAAAGUCAAAGUCCCAUAUCCUCCUUCAUGCUGACUGCUUUCUUUAUUAUGAUACAUUUUCUUUAUUUAUAUUAUUAUGUCCAAAUAAAAGUUUAACAAGCUUUUGC